UGCAACAUGGCUUCAUUCGAUGAAUACUUGACGAUCGGGAAUAUUUUCCUAGUCAUCUUUUUCUUGCUCAUUUUAAAUCAACUGAUUGUGCUGUAUCAGUUUAGGAAAAUGCCGCCGGGACCUCGUUUGACAAGCUUGCCUUUCAUCGGCAAUUUGCUGAGCUUUGAUUCAGGAGAUGGUUUCAUGAAGAUUACAGCAAGCUUGAGGAAGAAGUACGGGAGAGUGUUCUCAGUGAAAAUUGGAAGCUUCAAAGUUGUAAUUGCCGGGGAUACAGCUUCAGUCAAAGAGUUGCUUGUACGAAAGUCUGCUGAUUAUGCCGGGAGACCUCCUCUUCAUAGCUUCAUGCGUUCUACUUUCGACGGGAAAGACAUCGCAGCAGGAGAUUACAGUCCGGCCUGGAAGUUUCAUCGAAAGAUCUUCAUAGCAGCCAUUAGACGGUACCUAUCUGAUAAGCAGGUGGUGGAAAAAACAAUUGCUGAGCAGGCAACGAAACUAAUGCAGUACUUUGAAGACCAAAGUUUAAAGGAUUUUGACCCUGCAAACGUCUUGAUGGAGAGCAUUGCCAACGUCAGUUGCCGUAUCUUAUUUGGAAAACGCUUCGACUCAUCGCAUUCUGAUUUCAAGGAACUUCUCAAACUGAACGACGAUUUCUUCUCUGAUUAUGACAUUAAUACACAAAGAUUUCUUUUAGAUUUCUUUCCUAUAGCGAAAUUCUUUCCGUUUCGUGCUUACCGACUCAUGUACGAGAUGAUUGAUCAGGUUUACGAAAUUCUACGACGCCAGUUAAAGAUUCAGGAGAAAGAGUCUUCCAACUCGGCAGAAGUUGACAGCCUCACCGGCAGUUUUCUCCAAGAAAAGGCUGCUGCUGAAAAUGAGGUUGGUGCAGAAGAGAGAGCAUCUUUCCUAUCAGAUGAAUAUAUGCUGAGUAACAUGAGAGACAUGUUUGUCGCUGGUUAUGACACCACUAGUUCUACCCUGCGCUGGGCCAUUGCAUUCCUUGUCCAUCAUCCUGAAAUUCAAAAAGGAAUACAAAACCAGCUGGAUGAAGUGGUUGGAAAGGAUCGGAUGCCAAACCUAGAUGAUCUACCAAAUCUUCCCCUUGUCCAGGCCAUGAUCAUGGAAACGCAACGUCUUGGUAAUGUUGCGGAAAACACUCUUCCUCACUACACGCUGAAGGACACUACACUAGCUGGCUUCAGGGUUCCCAAAGAUACUAUCGUAUUUGCUAAUUUAGCGCAAGUUCAUCUUGAUCCAAGCUGCUGGGAGAAUCCGCACUCUUUUAACCCUCACCGUCAUAUUGACGCAGAUGGCCAACUUAUUACCAACACUGGUAACUUUCUACCCUUCUCAGCUGGUCGCCGGGUUUGUGCUGGUGAAGCACUGGCAAAGGUGGAGCUGUUUCUGUUCUUGACGUGGAUGUUGCACAAAUUUACAUUUCUACCAUCUGAGGACGGCACUGUUCCUGACCUCGAGGGGCAUACUGGUCUUACCCAUUUUCCAGCCCUUUACAAAAUUAGGGCCAAAAAACGAUCAUUGUAGAAUGAAAAUCGGUGCAAAAACUUAAGUCGGGCAAUUUUUUAAGGUGGAUCCUUGUGAGAAAGGCUACAAAGCUCAAAGACUGACCUAGUCUCGUAUCCAGACCUUCCACGGUCAAGCGGUGGGGAGGUCCUACAUUACAGUAACACGGUAAAAUCUGGCGCGAGCUUGUUCAGUGAUAAAUGUACAUUCAGCACUGAAGAAUGCUUAAGUCUGCUUCUUUGUUUUCAUUUAAUAAA